AGCCUUUUUGGUUAUCGAAGUAUUCAGUAGUUUCACAACACCAAAAAUAUGCAAAAUCAGUAAUAUUCUAAAUAUUUUUUAGGUAUAAAUCGCAAAUAUGUUUAAGGUAUUUAAGAUGAGGCCAUCGUAUAAAAUUUUCUUCCCUGGUAAUUUGAGCUCGACAUAUCUGCGUAAUUUUGCAGCCGGCGCAGAGAAGUUAGGGGGCACAAGUACUGAAUUCGAUGCGAAGGAUAGCAUUUCUCGAGGCGAACUAAAUGGUAGACGUACAUAUUACGAAGAAAAGAAAGUAUGGGAGCCAAGCCCUUGUGUGGAAAAAGGCCAACUCCUUGACCAAUACAAAAAGCUUUCAAAGUUUAGAUUAACAACACUUGUUGUUAUAACAACGAUGGCGGGUUAUGCAGUAGCGCCGGCACCUUUUGAUGCAGCAUCGUUUCUUAUGUGUACAGUUGGUACAGGUCUUGUAUCUGCCUCAGCAAAUUCUAUCAAUCAAUUCCAUGAAGUUCCCUUUGAUUCCCAAAUGUCCAGGACUAAAAGCCGUGUUAUAGUAACUGGUAAAGUUACCCCACUACAUGCGAUGGGAUUCGCUAUUGUCUCCGGUAUUGCCGGUUUAAGUAUACUGUAUUGUGGUGUUAAUGGCCUUACAGCCGGCUUGGGUUUAAGUAAUUUAAUACUCUAUACGUCGAUAUAUACCCCAAUGAAGAGAGUAUCUAUUUUAAACACCUGGAUUGGAUCGGCAGUAGGAGCCAUACCACCCUUAAUUGGUUGGGCUGGAUGCUGUGGAUAUAUUGACAUGGGGGCAACGAUUUUAGCAGGUUUGUUAUUUGCCUGGCAGUUCCCACACUUCAAUGCGUUAUCGUGGAACUUAAGGCCGGACUAUUCCCGUGCAGGAUAUCAAAUGAUGGCUGUUACUAAUCCAGCUCUGUGUAGAAGAACCGCGUUACGAUAUACAUUUGUAAUAAUGUUGCUUUCAAGCAUAGCACCUAUAAUGGAUGUGACGAAUUAUUGGUUCGCUUUGGAAGCUUUACCUCUCAAUGGAUAUUUUUUGUAUCUAGCUUAUAAAUUUUACAGAAAUUCAAACAGUGGAACUUCCCGAAAACUAUUCCGGUUUUCACUUCUUCACCUACCUAUUCUUAUGAUUUUGCUGUUGGUUAACAAGAAACGUUGGUAUAUCGCAGAGAACACUAAAGAAAUUCAACUGAACAAUUUUUCAGAAAACAAAAUUACGAGUAUGCUUAAAUUGAACCUACCGCAAAUAAACACUUCGCGGUCAGAGACGUCACUUAAAACAACAUAAUUUAUGGACAUUAAUUGCUUUAUAUAUAUAUA